AUGCGUAAGGAUGUUAAAUCCUUUGUUAGAGAAUGCCAAAUUUGUCAACAAGUUAAGUAUGAGACCUCUAAGUCCUCUGGUUUGUUACAACCUUUGCCUAUACCCGAAGGAGUGUUCGAAGAAUUGUCUAUGGACUUUAUCACUGGGUUACCAACCUCUAAAGGAUUCACCACCAUCUUGGUAGUUGUAGAUAGGCUAUCCAAGUUUGCUUAUUUUGGUAGUUUACCUGCAUCUUAUACAGCUGCUAAGGUUGCUGCAUUAUUUUGUGACCUCAUUGUGCGGGUACAUGUCUUUGGGAAGCCACCAACAUUGAUCCCUUUUUAUCCAAGGGGACUCAUAAAACUAGAAGCCAUUGAUACUAUGUUACAGCAACACAAUGAUAUAAUGAAGCAUCUAAAAUUACAUUUACAAAGAGCACAGAACCGGAUGAAGAUACAGUAUGACAAACACCACAAGGAGAGAUCUUUUCAAGUGGGAGAUCAGGUAUGGGUCCGCUUACAACCUUAUCGUCAAGUCACUGUGGAACGAAGAGCUAAUCAUAAGCUCAGUAAAAGAUUUUUUGGUCCAUUUGAAGUAUCACGUGUAAUGGGGCCUGCUGCAUAUGAAGUGAAACUACCACAAGGAUGUCAAAUUCAUCCUGUUUUCCAUGUCUCACAGUUGAAGCCUUGUGUAGGAACUCAGCUAGUGACUCCCCAUCCUCUGCCUUCCUUCGCUGUUGACAACAAGCCUGUACAGGUUCCUUUGGCUGUCUUAAGUGAACGGGUUGUAUCUUCUAACAACCAGCAAGUUCGUGAAUUCCUAAUUCAAUGGUCUCACUCAGUUCCUGAAGAUGCCACCUGGGAGAAGGGAGAUGAUUUGCAACGUUGCUAUCCUAAUCUUGACCUUGAGGACAAGGUCACUUGUGAAGAGCAGGGGAAUAUUACAAGUCGAAGGAGAUCAAACCGUGAGAGAAGGGAUUCGGUUCUUCUAGCUGAUUAUGUGGCUUAG